ACAGUCAUCCAUCAGUUCAUCACUUCACCAUCACCAAUCAAUUCAACCCCAUCAACCCAUCACUAGCUAUCAGAAUAGCCUAGUCACACCAUCAACCAUGACGGAAGAGCUCACCCGUAUCGAUUCCGCCGUUGCCGGUCUCUCGAUAUCCCCCAAGGACGAGAAGACGCAAACCAAGACGGUAGAGAAGGAGAAGAAGGCCAAGACACAUAAACGUGUUGGAUCAACGGCAGAAGGGGUAAGGAACAUCAAGGACUUGGAGAAAGAGCAAAUCCCAAUUGAAAUUGCCAUCGAAACGCAAAAGACAGGCUGGAAACUAAACACAUCACCCUCCACAAUCGACGACAGGGAAAUCCUGAGCAAGUUCCUCGUGACACCCCCCGUAAAGAAGAUCGAUCUACAUUUCCCGUUGGGACUAGAAGUCACCGCCCGAAAUCUGAAGGGCGUCACUAUUAAAGAUGCCCUGGAUGCAAUUCACAAACAAUUCAAGAAAAAGGCGGACGACGAACUAGGCGAAAACCCCUACCUCGCCGGCUUCGAAUGGGAUCCCGAAGAGUCAUGGACAAAACUAAUCGUUCACCAAAAGAAGGCUGGUGCGCCAGCUGCUACAAGUAAGAAGUCGAAGAAGAAGGAGAAGGAGGAGCAGUAACUUGAGCUCAAAUCCUUCCUAUGCCCGCAUACAAACCUCGGAUACCUUUUAUCUAUGGAUCGAAUCAUCAGACUACGUAGUAGAAUUUGUUUCUACCUAGAGCUGUGUUUAUUGAUUAGGAGAAAGGAUGGGUUCUAUUUGUGUAUCUUAUGUUUUAUUUCUGCUUUACUUUGUCGUCCAAUGUGUUGUCCUGUCGUCACUCCUUCAUUCGGGACUGGAUUGAUUACCCUAGCUAUCGCUACUACGGAAUCAAUGAUAAUCAAUAUCCCCUCAUGAAACUUUUUUUCGAGU